GCAGUUAGCGGUGUACAUCGCGGUGUACAUCGCGGUGCGUGUGGCAAUCUCCGGAAGAAAACGGAUCACCUAUUUGACGAACAUUGGAGCGGAUCUGAAUCACCUCUCAGACACAUUUCCCUUCCUUGCCACCAGUGGUUUUGAUUUACUCUCCACAGCAGGUGACCUGGAACUGGUUGGGGAGGAGGAGAACAAAUGGAAAGGGAGCCAGGAGAAAGAGGAUGAGAGAGAUAGAGAGCAAGACCCGGGAGAUUCCUCAUGCAGAAUGGAAGUCCUCAUUCUGCCGGCUCGCGAAUUGAAAGGAAUAAAGGCAACGUAGCCUUAGAAGUCUGUAUCAUCCAUGUUUUGCCCUGUGUGGCCUCUCUCUAUUUAUCUCAGUCGGAGUCAUGGUCUUAAUCUGAACACAAAAUAAAUCCCCUUUAAUCCCUUCCCCCCCGCAGCCGUCUGCUAUUGACAUCUAAUUCACAACGCCCAAUUGUCAUGGAGAAGACGUACUCACUCACCGCGCACUAUGAUGAGUUCCAGGAAGUGAAAUAUGGCGGCCGAUACAGCAGUGACAUCCUCAGUAAUGGUAUGACCCUUCACUUGGGUGGCAGUCUGGACCGUCACAUGACGCGUGGGCGGGGUGGCACCUGGUCAAAUGGUCGCAACAGAGAUGCAGGCAGCGCUAGCAGCGGUGGCGGACUCCCCCGAUGGAGCCGGAGGGAGAUUUGCCUCCUUUCGGCUUUGGUCUUCGCCGCGGGCAUGUGUGUCAUUUUGGGAAGCAUGCUCGCUCUAAAAUACAUUUCGCUGGAGGCCCAGCAAGACCCGCAGUGCAGGCAGGACUGCCAGCGGAGACGCGUCCUGUUGCGGGCAGCGCGUUUUGUGCAAGCUAAUAUUGACCCCACGAUCCAGCCCUGCCAGGACUUUUACUCCUUCGCGUGUGGAGGUUGGUUGAGGCGUCACGCAAUCCCAGAGGACAAGCUCAGCUAUGGAAUCAUUACGGCCAUAGGAGAGCACAAUGAAGAAAAACUGCAGCGCCUCCUUCUGGACCCCAUUCAGAGGCAUGAGCCUGACUCCGCAGAGCGCAAAGUCAAGGAGUUCUACAGAUCAUGUGUCAACAUCCAGGAGAUCGACAAGCUGGGCUCCGACCCCAUGAUGGAGGUGAUCGACAGCUGCGGAGGGUGGGAUCAGGCUGGGGCUCCUCCUGGUGCUGCUGGCUGGGAGAAAGAGGGUGCCCCACAAAGACCAGAUUUCAAUGAAAUGCUUUAUAGGACGCAGGGCGUGUACAGCACUGCUGUGUUCUUCUCACUCACCGUCAACGUGGAUGACAAAAACUCUUCUCAGAAUGCAAUCAGGAUUGAUCAGGAGGGGCUCACGCUGCCUGAGAGAAGCCUUUACUUGGGUCAAGAUGAGGACAGUGUCAAGAUCUUGGCGGCAUACAAGGCCCUGAUGGAGCGCUUACUAAGCAUGCUGGGAGCUCACAACGCUACACAAAAGUCCAAGGAGAUUAUACAGCUGGAGACUCGUCUAGCCAAUAUCACCAUGUCAGAAUAUGAUGACCAAAGAAAGGACGUCAGCACGAUGUAUAACCGCAUUACACUCAGGCAGCUGCAGCGCACUGCUCCUGGUCUUCACUGGAAACGCCUGCUGGAUAAAAUCUUCCACGAUAGCUUCUCUGAAGACAAGGAGAUCGUUGUGCUUGCCACAGAUUACAUACAAAAAGUGUCCGACAUCAUCAAGACCACAUCGAAAAGGGUUCUCCAUAACUACAUGCUGUGGCGCAUUGUGGCAGCGCUAAGUGAACAUCUGUCAACCGCCUUCCGAAGCACCAUCCAUGAGUUUUCUCGGGAGAUUGAUGGCACCGAGCAGCAGCUGGAGCUGGGCAGACUGUGCCUCACCCAGGCCAACAAACACUUUGGCAUGGCCUUGGGAGCACUCUUUGUCCAGCAGCAUUUCUCCUCACAGAGCAAGGCAAAGGUGCAGGAGUUAGUGGAGGAUAUAAAGCAUUCCCUGGACCUGCGGCUGCAGGAGCUCGACUGGAUGGAUGAAGCCACUAAGGACGCAGCCCGAGCAAAGCUGAAGUACAUGAUGGUCAUGACAGGAUACCCAGACUUCCUGGUCAAACCUGAGCUCAUAGAUCGUGAAUAUGGGUUUGAUGUGGAUGAGAAAACCUACUUCAAGAACAUCCUCAACACCAUCAAAUUCAACAUUAAGAUGUCGGUCAAGAAGAUUCACGAAGAAGUUGACAAGACAGUGUGGAUUCUCCCUCCACAGGCGCUAAAUGCCUACUACCUUCCUAACAAGAACCAAAUAGUUUUCCCUGCAGGCAUCCUUCAGCCCACUUUGUACAAUCCCGAAUUCCCACAGUCUUUGAACUAUGGGGGAAUAGGAGCAAUCAUUGGCCAUGAGUUGACUCAUGGAUAUGACGACUGGGGGGGGCAGUAUGAUCGCCAUGGCAACCUCCAACAGUGGUGGACUGAGGACAGCUACAGAAAGUUUCAGAAGAAGGCUGAAUGCAUCGUGAAGCUCUACGAUAAUUUCACAGUUUACAAUCAGAGGGUUAAUGGCCGCCUGACACUGGGAGAGAACAUAGCAGACAUGGGAGGACUCAAGCUGUCAUACUAUGCAUAUCAAAAGUGGGUGAGAGAACAUGGGCCAGAGAGGCCCCUACCAGGGCUGAAAUAUACACAUGAGCAACUGUUCUUCAUUGCCUUUGCACAGAACUGGUGUAUGAAAAGAAGAUCUCAGUCAACCUACUUGCAGUUGUUAACGGAUAAACACGCACCAGAACACUACAGAGUGAUUGGCAGCGUUUCCCAGUUCAAUGAGUUUUCCCGUGUUUUCCAUUGUGGGAAGGGUACUCCCAUGAACCCUGUUGACAAAUGCUCUGUAUGGUGACCCCAGCAGAAAUAAUUUGACUUAAUUUGAAGUUGCCACCAACACACACACACACACACACACCGUCACCACUAUUCAUUACAAGCAGAUGUCCUACGUGACGGUGAAAGUGAAUCUUUUCACACUCAUCACUGCAAACACAGUGAAUGAGUGAUCCUCAUACAGUCCAUCAUCUGAAGAAAUGUCUCCUAACCGCUCUCAUCAGUCAUGCACAUAUCACAAAUUAACACAUAUCAUUGACGAUACAUAUCUAUUUUUGUAUUUUAGCUCUCUUUUUUUCCCCCUUCAAAUCAUCUAUUUUUGUAUUACAGCAAAUAUAUGAUGGCCAUAAUGUAUUUCAGCAGGUUUAGGUUUUACUUAAGCAACACAUAUCUCUGUAAUUUAACAUCCGAUGCAUCACCCGGAACAUUCUCAGCACAUCCCAGGAGGUCCAGUAGGAGGGUGAUUUCAAUGUAGACCGGUGUCGAUUAAUUUUUUUCCUCAACUGCAAUGACAACAUUGUUUUGCAUCGCGAAAUGUUGCCCCUUAGUUCCGUACCGUAUUCAAGUUGGCUCUUGCUCUUGUGGUUUAGAGCGCAAAGCUCACUGUCAUGACUGUUGUAUCGUUUGCCUGCAUUGUUCUCUUGUUCGAGUAUUUGUACCUUUUCAAGCGGCGUGAAGUGUUUCUUUGUAAAAGUUGAAUUCGUUAUUGACCUUUUUCCUCAGGAAAUGUAGCGCCAAAAUUCAGUAUCGGUACAACUCUCACCUCAUCACCAAAUGAAGGAGCUGUUGUUUGUCAACAAAAAACAAAAAACAAACGUUCCUCAUUGGACAGACCAGACAAGCUCAUGUGAUCAUAUGAGAACCAGUAACCGCAAGAGAAGCAGUGCAUUGGAUCGCCAUUAGUGUAUAUUCACGGUCAAUGAACUCACAAAUAACAGAAUACAGCACUGUACUGUAUAUGCACUCAGUCCACUCAACCGAACUUUCUGGUGGAGAUGACUCAAGCAUAUGUACUGUUAUUUGAAAGAAAAGGCUUUUGUCCAGCAAAUGUGAUGAGUGUUGUUGUGAACUUGGUUUUGACGAAAAGAGCAUGUUCCCUCCCUUUGGCACCUAACAUCACAAAUCUCAAACUGACAUACUGUACAUGGAUCAUUCAGGACCGACUGUGCAGCGGCAGUAUUCAUUCACAUGUGAUCGCUAUCGCUUUCCUCUCUAUGGUUGCUGUUCAAUGUUUGAAUAAAUUCAAACAAAUCCUUGUGCCA